CAAACAUCCACAGCGUCUGUGGAUAGACAGACGGCGGCAAGGCAAGGAAAGCCUUGCGGCCCAGAAGCGCCAACGCUUGCCCACCUCGGAGCUCCUCCUUCCAUGGCCACCACCUCCGCCGUCUGCCGCCUCGCCGUCCUUACUCCGGCGCCGUCGCCGCUCGCCUCAGGGCGCCGCCGCCCUGCCGCACCCUUCUCCGCCGCCUCCCGCCCGCGCUCUCUCUCCGCCGCCUCCCGCGGCCGCGUCCUCUGCCUCGCCGCCUCCGCCCCCGCCUCCUCUACCGACGCCGGCCAGGACCGCCUCCAGAAGGUCCCCAUCACCAACAUCAGGAACUUCUGCAUCAUCGCGCACAUCGACCAUGGGAAGUCGACGCUGGCGGAUAAGCUCCUCGAGAUGACAGGGACGGUGCAGAAGAGGGAUAUGAAACAGCAGUUCCUGGAUAACAUGGACCUGGAGAGGGAGAGGGGGAUCACAAUCAAACUGCAGGCAGCUCGGAUGCGUUACGUCAUGAACAAUGAGCCUUACUGCCUGAACUUAAUCGAUACACCAGGUCAUGUCGAUUUCUCAUAUGAGGUCUCCCGAUCUCUUGCUGCUUGUGAGGGUGCACUGCUGGUUGUUGAUGCUUCUCAGGGUGUUGAAGCGCAGACCUUAGCAAAUGUGUAUCUUGCACUGGAAAGCAACCUCGAAAUCAUACCGGUUCUAAACAAAAUUGAUCUUCCUGGUGCUGAACCUGACCGCAUCGCGCAAGAGAUUGAAGAGAUAAUUGGCUUGGACUGCAGUAAUGCAAUUAGGUGUUCAGCAAAGGAGGGCAUAGGCAUCAUCGAAAUACUAGAUGCCAUCGUGACCAAGGUCCCCCCACCAAAGGACACUUUAAAAAAUCCUCUCAGGGCUCUUAUAUUUGACAGCUAUUAUGAUGCAUACAGAGGUGUCAUUGUGUAUUUCCGAGUUAUUGAUGGCAGUAUAAGGAAAGGGGACAAGAUAUGUUUUAUGGCCAAUAAAAAGGAAUAUGUUGCUGAUGAAAUUGGUGUACUAUCCCCCAAUCAGAUGGAAGCUGAUGAACUGCAUGCUGGCGAGGUCGGCUAUCUCUCUGCUUCCAUAAGAUCAGUAGCAGAUGCUAGGGUGGGUGAUACAAUUACCCAUUUUGCAAAAAGAGCGGAAUCUGCUUUACCAGGAUAUUCAGAAGCUACUCCAAUGGUUUUCUGCGGCUUGUUUCCUUUAGAGGCAGAUCAGUUUGAGGAGUUGCGGGAAGCAUUGGGGAGACUUCAGCUAAAUGAUGCUGCCCUAAAGUUUGAACCUGAAUCUUCUAGUGCCAUGGGGUUCGGAUUUAGAUGUGGGUUCCUUGGUCUUCUUCAUAUGGAAAUCGUUCAGGAACGGCUUGAGAGAGAGUACAAUUUGAACCUAAUAAUUACUGCACCCAGUGUGGUUUACCGUGUCAACUGUUCCAAUAAUGAAACUGUUGAAUGUUCAAAUCCAUCCUUGCUUCCAGAACCUGGUAAACGGAGGUCGAUUGAAGAACCAUAUGUAAAGAUUGAAUUGUUAACACCAAAGGACUAUAUUGGCCCAAUAAUGGAGCUGGGUCAAGAGAGAAGAGGUGAAUUCAAGGAAAUGAACUACAUUACAGAAAACAGGGCCAAACUUACUUAUAUGCUACCACUAGCAGAGAUGGUUGGUGAUUUCUUUGAUCAACUGAAAUCUCGAAGCAAAGGAUAUGCUAGCAUGGAAUAUUCAGUUGUCGGGUACAGGGUAAGUGACCUAGUAAAGCUGGACAUACAAAUCAAUGGUGAGCCUGUGGAAGCAUUGUCGACAAUUGUACACAAAGAGAAGGCAUACACUGUUGGCAGAGCGCUCACCCAGAAGCUGAAAGAACUUAUACCUCGGCAAAUGUUUAAAAUACCUAUUCAAGCAUGUAUUGGUGCAAAGGUCAUUGCAAGCGAAGCUCUAUCAGCCAUCAGGAAGGAUGUCUUGUCAAAAUGCUACGGGGGUGAUAUAUCAAGGAAAAAGAAGUUGUUGAAAAAACAGGCAGAAGGAAAGAAGAGAAUGAAAGCAAUCGGAAGGGUCGAAGUUCCUCAGGAGGCAUUCAUGGCUGUGCUGAAACUGGAAAAGGAGGUGCUUUGAGUUGUGAAAGACCUCCAGAUUCUGUGUCAUUUGGGUGAGCGGUUAUGAAGCUAAAAGAUGCCGUGCAACUCAAGUGAUCUGCCGGUCUGUGCAGUUAUUUUUGUGUGUUGGUAAACGAAUGAUGUCAAUCUCAUCAUGUAACCUGGCAAGGAUGUGUCAUUUUGGUAUAUCUUUUCACCGAGGAUGGCAGCCAGGCCUGUAGUAUCCUGUACAGAAAGGUUUGACUUCACAGAAGUUUUUUGGUUGGAAAACUUUGGACUUCACAGGAUUAUGCACACAUAAACAAGAUUAUGCCGUGUUAUUAUACAACAACUUCACAGGAUAUGUUCUUUUUAAUAGUAGUUGGAGCAAGAUGCCCCAGGUAGAGCACACGUAGACAAGGUUUUGUAAGCAUACGACCUGAUGAUUUGCAACCACUGCUCCAUUCCAAUUCUCCGUGUAAUAGUAGUGACCUAAAACAUAUAUAUAGAGGGAGUAUUAAUUAGUCCAUCCGUUUCAUAUUUUAUA